CCAAUGGGAGAGCAGCAGGCCUGGGAGCUGGGAUGGGGCGGGGCUGCAGAUAAAUAAGGGCUCUGGGCCACCAGAGCUUCAGGUUCGUCCUCAGUGCAGGGCAACAGCCCAAGAUGGCUUCCUUUCUACAGCGCUGCCCAGUCAUGGCAUGGGACAGGGCUAUAUUCCUGAAGAAAACAAGGCCCCAGCUGUUGCUCAGUGCCUAUCGGUGCCCCGUCAUGGCAGCCCGGAGCCUGACUACAUCCAGCCCGGGAAGCAAGGAGGCAGAAGCCCAGGCGUGUGGGUCACCUUCCCUGGCUAAGGGCCAGUGUCCCUUCAUGGAAUCUGAGCUGCAAGCUGGGAAGAGCAGCAUCGUGCUGAAGGUUGGGCCUGAGAUCCAGGAGGAUGUCAAGACUUUGAAAUCAGUUCCAAUUAGUUGCCUAGUCCAGGAGAUUCAGUCCAGCCUGAGGAGGCAAUUGUGGGGCUCCUUGGGGCAGAAACUGAGCCCAGGGCACAAGGUCAGCCACCUCAUCCAAGACAACAUGCCUGGCAGUCAAAAUUUCGGCUAUGAUGCCUUCUUUAGGAACAAGAUUGAAGAGAAAAAGAAGGACCACACCUACCGGGUGUUCAAGACCGUCAACCGCAAGGCUGAUGCCUACCCCUUGGCCCAGGACUUCUCGGAAGGGGGAAGUGUGGCCACCAGGGAGGUGUCCAUCUGGUGUAGCAAUGACUACCUGGGCAUGAGCCGGCACCCCAGCGUGCUACAAGCCACACAGGAGACCCUGCAGCAGCUUGGAGUUGGGGCUGGUGGGACAAGAAACAUCUCUGGGACUAGCCAGUUCCAUGUGGCUCUGGAACAAGAGUUGGCUGACCUUCACCACAAGGAUGCUGCCCUCCUCUUCUCCUCUUGCUUCGUGGCCAAUGACUCAACCCUGUUCACCCUGGCCAGGAACCUGCCAGGAUGUGAGAUCUACUCAGAUGCAGGCAAUCACGCUUCCAUGAUCCAGGGCAUCCGAAACAGUGGGGUCCCCAAAUUUGUCUUCCGUCACAAUGACCCUAAACAUUUGGAGGAACUCCUGAGCAAAGCUGACCCCCUGACACCCAAGAUCGUUGCCUUUGAGACAGUGCACUCCAUGGAUGGUGCUAUCUGCCCCCUGGAGGAGAUGUGUGAUGUGGCCCACAAGUAUGGGGCCCUGACUUUUGUGGAUGAAGUCCAUGCUGUUGGCCUGUAUGGUGCAAGGGGUGCUGGAAUCGGGGAGCGUGAUGGUGUCAUGCACAAGAUUGACAUCGUUUCUGGAACUCUGGGAAAGGCUUUUGGCUGUGUUGGGGGUUACAUUGCCAGUACUCGGGACUUGGUGGACACUGUGCGUUCCUAUGCCGCUGGCUUCAUCUUUACCACCUCGCUGCCCCCUAUGGUGCUGGCUGGAGCCUUGGCCUCCGUGCAAAUCCUCAAGGGCGAGGAGGGCCGCGCUCUACGUCGUGCUCAUCAGCGUAAUGUCCGUCACAUGCGCCAACUGCUCAUGGACAAGGGGCUUCCUGUCAUUGCCUGCCCCAGUCACAUCAUCCCAAUCCGGGUUGGGGAUGCAGCUCUCAACAGCCAAGUCUGUGACCUCCUGAUUUCCAAGCACAACAUCUAUGUGCAGGCCAUCAACUAUCCCACAGUGCCCAGGGGUGAGGAGCUGCUGAGGCUGGCACCCUCUCCUCACCACAGCCCCCAGAUGAUGGACUAUUUUGUUGAAAAACUGCUUGAAGCCUGGACUGAAGUGGGCCUGCCCCUCCAGGAUGUCUCCUCUGCCGCCUGCAACUUCUGCCGUCGCCCUGUGCACUUUGACCUCAUGAGUGAGUGGGAACGCUCCUACUUUGGAAACAUGGGCCCUCAGUAUGUCACUGUGUUCUCCUGAUGACCUGGGGAGGGGGAGGAGGGGAAAGAUAAGUGCUUCCAUUCCUGGUCCCGCCUCAGUCUGUCUCAUCAUCCUCACUUUCCUUUUUCUAGUGCUUUAAGAUUUGCAGUGGGCUUCCCUGACAGCCACUUGUAGAGGGAAAUCAUGUAAGAAUUCAUGUAUGUGUUCAAUAGUUCAAAGAUAAUAAAGUGCAUCCCAUA